AGACACUAACGAUAAGAUCAUCAACACGGUAGUACCACCACGUACCACCAUCACCGGUUAAAUUAUCAAGCUUUAAAGUUAGCAAUAUUAAGAUCACGAUUCUUUACCACACUGGUUUAACUUCAAGCCAUGUCUUCUGGUCUCAGCAAAGCCGCCAUCGAACGUCAUCAGCGUCUCGUACUUGACUUGCUAAAACAGCCUGGCAACGAGGUAUGCGCAGAUUGUCGAACGCGUAACCCACGUUGGGCGUCGUGGAAUCUUGGGAUCUUCAUAUGUGUAAAAUGUGCGGGUAUCCAUAGGAAAAUGGGAACGCAUAUAAGCAAGGUAAAGAGCCUCACGUUGGACAGCUGGACUAAGGAGCAAGUUGAACGGAUGCGGUCUACAGGAAAUAUAAAAGCAAACAUGCAAUGGAAUCCCAACUCCGCCAAGAAUCCCCCCCCUACAGAUCUAGAGGAAUCAGAACGUGAUAGCCAGCUCGAAAGAUUCAUUCGUAAGAAGUACGAGUCCGCUCAGUUCACCAAAUCUGACACGACUAUGUCUCCAAUCGAAGCUACUCCUCGACUGCCAUCGACUAUUAUCCCCCCAAUUUCUCGCCCACACCUCCCAUCUAGCUUGGAAGUUUCGUUGCCCACCCGAUCAUCUUCAGCCGUUGGCCGCCGCAGCGUCACAAGCCAGGUCCAUUCAAAACCACCAACACAUCAAGGAGUGGACCCCAAUACAGCUUACCGGCAUAUCCCAACUUCUUCAUCUGCUCCUCUCUUGCCUCCGAUUAGGCCAUCCACAGCUCCGAUUCCAAAUGCUAUGAGGGCGGAGCCUGUACCACCCUUACCAGCGUUCCCCUCCAUGAUGUCAUUAUCAUCGAUAACUAAUGGUGGAUCAUCCAAUCUGCCUCCAAUGCACGCGAACCAAAAUCAUUCGAUUUACCAGCAAGGUCUUCCACCAGUAGUUUCUAACUCAUCCACUAUCAGAAAAGAUGGGAUUUGGGGAGAUCUCAUGGAACUCCAGAAUCCUACUAAUACUUCUCACACGAUCUCUAGUCAAGCACCUUCUGUAGUAGCUUCCAUGCCAUCUAUGUGGCCCACCUCGGCCAUGCCACCCAUUCCACACUCGGCACCCUCUUACAUGACACCUCAGUCAACUACCCCGAUGAAUCCAAUGUCAUAUACGUCACCAACCAAUGCAUUCAACAACAUCUCUAGCCAGGUCGCCAGCAAUCACAACCCUUUCACUUCCGCUCUAGGGCCUACCUCCUUACCUAAUAUGACAUCCACGACUGCUACGUCGAUCACACCUUCCCAUAACGCCUUCAAUAUGUCGAAUUUCUUACCGCCUCACUUGAGCUCACAAACUCGAACCACCAAUCCAUUCUUGGGUCCUGUCGGUCUACCAACCGCUCAGAACAAUGUAUUCACAUCUAAUAAUCCUUUUGCACCUUCUGUUGCUCAGCCUCACACAAUUCAAAGCAACGGAUCAUCCUAUCCUUCUAUGCAACAACCGACCCAUCAUUUUCAGCAGCCACUAAUGCAGGCAGCAGCACCUUCAAAUUUAGCAUAUCAGCAUUCCUAUCCUUCUGCUCAAAUACCGCAUCAUCAUACCCAACAGCAAUCCUCACCUUUUGGAUCUUCACUGAUGUAAUUCCUUUUCCUCUACAUCCAAUGUGCCAGUGUUGUAUAUAUAAGUGUGUAUGUAAGUAUGUCAGCAAAGCAUUUUUCUUCCUUUGUAUGUAUGAAUCUCAUAGGUAAACUUCAUGCAAGACAACUUGUCCUUUCUUAUGUGGCCUAGUUCUCAAAAGGAUAACAAUAUACCAAUCUUUGAUGUGCGUACCCUAAUUGCAUUUGAAGGCAGCGAGGACCGUGGUAUCUCCU